AUGCAGCUCCUCCCUCCAGUACUCAUCUGCAUUGUCCUGCAGCUUCUGGUUGGCUCCUCCGCUUAUACGACUACCAAUCGCCACGUGUCAGACGCUCAUUGGCUUCCCGCCGUCGCCACAUGGUACGGAAGCGCCAACGGCGAUGGCAGUGACGGAGGAGCGUGUGGGUACGGUACGUUGGUGGACGUGAAGCCGUUUCAUGCGAGAGUUGGAGCGGUGAAUCCAAUCCUCUUCAAAAACGGUGAAGGAUGUGGUGCUUGUUACAAGGUUCGGUGUUUGGAUAGGAGCAUUUGUUCCCGGAGAGCCGUCACCGUCAUAGUCACCGACGAGUGUCCCGGCUGCUCCAAAACCAACACUCAUUUUGAUCUCAGUGGCUCCGCUUUUGGUCGCUUAGCUAUCUCCGGAGAGUCCGGUCCCCUCCGCAACCGUGGCCUCAUCCCCGUCAUUUACCGCCGGACGGCAUGCAAAUAUAGAGGGAAAAACAUAGCGUUCCACGUGAACGAAGGAUCUACUGAUUUUUGGCUGUCUCUACUGGUUGAGUUUGAAGAUGGAGAAGGAGACAUUGGUUCCAUGCAUAUUCGUCAAGCAGGAUCAAGGGAGUGGUUAGAGAUGAAGCAUGUAUGGGGAGCUAACUGGUGCAUCAUCGGAGGACCACUCAGAGGACCGUUCUCCGUCAAGAUCACCACUUUAUCCGCCGGUAAAACAUUGUCGGCCACCGACGUCGUCCCAAGAAACUGGACACCUAAAGCAACUUACUCUUCUCAACUCAACUUCUCCCCUGUCCUCUAA